AUGAGCGCGCCAGGACAAAAGGAAGAUUUCCUCGACAAGGCUGUUGAUGCCGUCGAGAAGAAGGCCGGCCAGGCGAGUGGACACAAUGUCGACCCGGCCAAGUACCGUGAAAAGAACGAGAAGUUCACCGAUAAGCUGCGCGGCUUUUUCGAGAAGAAGACUGGCAAGAAGGUCCCUGAUAAGGUCUCCAACUAG